AUGUCUACGAAAGCCAGCUGUGAGUAUGGCACUCCGAAAUACUACGCACUAUGCGGCCUCGGUGGAGUUCUAAGCUGCGGUCUCACCCACACUGGAGUGGUCCCAUUAGAUUUGGUGAAGUGUCGUCUACAAGUUGACCGAGCUAAAUAUAAAAAUAUUACUCAUGGAUUUAAACUCACAAUUGCUGAAGAAGGCAUACGAGGUCUAGGAAAGGGUUGGGCACCAACCUUUUUUGGGUACUCUCUUCAAGGGCUUGGAAAGUUUGGUUUUUAUGAAGUGUUCAAACAUAUAUACAACGGCUUCCUAUCUGAAGAAAACGCGUAUUUAUGGCGAACAUCUGUGUAUCUAGCGGCCAGUGCCAGUGCAGAGUUCUUUGCUGACAUUAUGCUUUGUCCGAUGGAAGCUGUAAAAGUACGAAUUCAAACAAUGCCAGGGUGGGCUAAUACACUUAGAGAAGGUGUGCCGAAAAUGUACAAAAACGAAGGAUUCAUUGGGUUUUAUAAAGGCCUUCCUCCUCUGUGGGGACGACAAAUCCCGUAUACAAUGAUGAAGUUCGCUUGCUUCGAACGGACUGUGGAAGCACUGUACAAGUAUGUAGUACCAAAACCACGCGAACAAUGCUCAAAAAGUGAACAGCUGGUUGUAACUUUCGCAGCAGGUUAUAUCGCGGGUGUAUUUUGUGCCAUUGUAUCUCAUCCUCCUGACACAAUAGUGUCGAAAUUAAAUAAAGAUCCAAAUGCACGCCUGAUGGAAGUUGCCAGAAAUUUGGGGUUAAUGGGUAUGUGGAGUGGACUUGGACCUCGUAUUAUCAUGAUUGGGACAUUAACAGCUCUGCAAUGGUUCAUUUAUGAUGGCUUCAAAGUAGCUAUGCAGUUGCCGCGCCCGCCACCUCCAUCUAUGCCAGAGUCACUAAAGCAGAAGUUAGAAAGCCAAAAGCAUUAA